AUGGAGAUUUAUGGUGGAAGUGAUCGGCAUAGGAAUUCGGACAUCUCAAUGGUUGAGUUGAGAUCGCUCAACACCUCUCCCUCUACCAGAACUUCGACUGCCGAUGUUGAGGUUCAAUCACAGAAUUUCGUGCCACAUAAAAGCACUGAAACAUUACAGAGUGAGCCUGCUAAACUCAAUGGCCGCCCAAAAUCCAAAAUAGAUGAAUUACCUUUCAAAGGAAGUCCCUCUCUCGGACAGAAUCCAAGAACUACAGAAGUCGACAUAAUCGGAAUUCCUGCUAUUGAAGGACAUCCAGAGAUAACAUGGAUGCCUGAACCUAAAUUCGCACAGGAUGGGCUCUUUCCACUUGAUAAUGAUAGCGAGGUGAAAUCGGCAUUUAUGAGAAUGACUCCUAUAUCACCAGCUUACUUGAUGGAGCAUUUUCAUAAAAGGAAACCUGCGUGGAUUUUCCGCGAUAUUCGUAGUCGCAAGGAUCUGAGCAUGGCUCGCGUUCUUUUAUAUGACCAUGGGUACCCGAAAGACGGUGAUACAUUGAAACAAUUGGCCAGUAGGCUUUUGGAUAGCAUUAGGAAGCUAAGGUCAAUUGAGAAGGAAAAUCGUCCCCUUUUUUUCGUCUGUCACAGUACUGGGGGGCUAGUGCUUAAAAUAGCUCUAACCGAUGCUCGAAGACGCGGAGAUUCAAUUCUUCAUGAUUGUUAUGGUGUCACUUUUUUCGCAACACCACACAGAGGCUCAAGUUAUUUAUCGCAGCCAGGGUUCUCUGGAAGUAUCCGUACGAUCAUGGGUCUAUCACGGGAACUCCCAAUAUCCAUAACAAGGCAGCUGGAGCUAGAUCACUAUUCUCUGAAGCAAAUCGGGAAAGACUUCAAAGCUCUAGCCACGGAACUUAAAGUGUGGACCUUUUUCGAGACAAUAGACUCGAAUAUCACCUGUCCAGAUCAAGGUAAACCUUUUCAUGCACCUAUCACAUCUAUUAAAUCCGCAAUACUUAAUCUGCGUAACGAGAGUGUAUAUCCAUUGGUGAGCACUCAUACAAAGUGUGCCGCGUUCGGCUCUGCAAACGAGCAUACUAAAGAAGCCUAUUUGGCGGCGCUAGCCUCUAUGGUCAAGCAGGCUUGUAAAUUGAGUAAACUCACACAUUUUGAACUAAAUCUCGAGGGCAGAGUGGAGGUGGAGAUCAAUGGCUUUUAUGAAGGCUCUGCUACAAUCCGAACCAACGAGCCCCCAAUCAGAGUCUGGUCAACAAACAGAUCUCUGCACGAUUUUAGACGAGAUGGUCCGAUCAAGCUUUUGAAGGAACGAAGGGAAGAAGUAUCAGCUGCCCCAGUGGCCGGACAAUAUUUACGUCACAAUACCCGUGCUCCAUAUUUGCCUAUGAAUAAGAUCACUUCUGAUGCCAAGAUGAAAGGUCAUGCAUUAAUUUCUAAAUCAACAUCGAAAUUGAACCCUUUUAAGAAAGCUUCAAGCCCUUCUCCCCAGAGUCGACGAGCGCCAAAGAUCAAAGCCAAAGGAUCGCCAGAUGUCACUGAGAGUAGAAAAACAGGAUCAUUUCCAUCUCCGCCUGCUUUGAUAAUGACCUCCGAUGUGGAUGACAAUACAAGUAUGGUUCCAGAAGAAGUAGGGGCACCUACAAAACUGCUUGAUCCAUCCCCAACCGUGCAAUCAAGCUCAAGCGAUCCUGAUGUUGCCAAUGCCACAUCUCGUAUAUCGUUCAAACAGGCCAAACCAUCUCUUGACCAUGAGUUGAGCAUUGAGCAGGGCUCACAGCCAUCCAUUCGAAAGUCGCGAACCGAGAACAAAGAAACUGCGACUGAGCCCGGGCUUCUCCGGAGGCACAGCGAAUCUCUGGCGGUUCAAGGUUCUUUCUUGAGUCCGUCGCGUGCCGAUAUUCAUCAAGAUAAAUCCUCAUCAUCCGUAGGACGUGAAGAAAGUAGAAUUGUUCUCACUCCCAGCGUGCCUCCUUUACUGAAUCCUAAUUUCUCAAACCUCAAGCUUACAUGGAUACACGUACCGUUCAACAAUCCCACCUGGGUCCCAGAUGUUCUUGAAAGGAUAUCGAACGAAAAGGGGCCAGAUGUCCACAGUAAAAUGUUAGAUCACGAGCACUGGCAUUCGAAACAAGUACGUGGAAGGCAUCAAGAACAUCAUCAUGCUUGUUUCUUGAAGCCUCAUUGUUAUUUUUUUGGUUUAGAAAGUGUGUCACCAUUAACAUCUCCUAAAAUUGGCAUUGGUUCUGUCGACAUAAAUCAAGUUCUUGUAAAAAGGAGAGCUUUCGUAAAACAACGAAUCAAGCAAGGCCGAUCGAGACCUGUUCCUCAACAAGUGUCAAAGCUUGACUCGCAAGAGAUUCAAGUCCUCUGGCAGUAUCUGGGACACGGCCCUCCAAUAAAUGCUCGACGUACACUAGAUCAAUUUGGAUAUCCAAGUCUUCUCGAUACAAGGGCGAGAGAUGAUGAUCAGAUGCUAUACAAGAUGACUAAAGAGCGACAUACUAAGUCAGACGUUACAACAAAUAACACUGCUGACGGACAGAGCAAUAUAGCUCGAAUGAGGAGACCAGGCCAGGGAAAUGAUGAGCAAGAUGCAGUCGAUGAAAACAGUGUCGAUUCGGACAACCUAAGCGAUAGCGAUCCAAUGUCUGAUGAUGACGUUCUAGAUGGCAAUGUUCUUAUGGUUGAUCAGCUCUGGUUGUGGGUUAUUGAUGGGUCUGUUGUUACUUUCUUCUCGGGAAGAGCUGGACUGAAAACGGAUGGAAGGCUAUUUCAACAAGCCGACCUCCGAGACAGCAUUUUUAAUGAAGUCAACGCUGAUCUUACUUCUCGCUGUGAAAAUGCGUAUGACCUUGCAGCCCUGGUCGCCCUUCAUGCAGUCACUAUCUUAUUCGAACGAACUUCGCAUCCCAACUUGGAAGUCUUCCGAAUAUUUGAAGAGGCAAUCAGUAUUCUGACAGAGAAAAUGACAACAUCCUUCAAAGAUUUCCGUGCACGAGGCUUCCGGGCCAAAGCAGAUGACAAUGGCGACCUUAGAACCAGCUCUAUUCGUGCUAAGCAUGCACUUGAGGGGAAGAUCGCGGAGGAGCAAAAUCGUGAAAACACGUCUGCUCUCCUGGAACUCCGAGAUAUCGAAGAUGAGCUGAACACUUUGAAGACCUUGUUCAACAGUCAAAUGUCAGAGAUUAGAAUCAUGUCAGAUGUUUACGCGAAGCGAAACUUGACUACGAAUGGGCUGAUGUUCUUGAGGAAUGCGGAGGAGUAUCUCGAGGAAUAUACUCAGCACGUAGAAAAAAUGACGGAAAACGCAAAGAGUACUAGAGAUGAUUUUGACAAGCUGCUUGGUAUGAUACAGAGACAAGCGCAGGUGGAUGAGGUACGUCUGGCAAGAUACCAGGCUGAUCUUGCCAGUGCGCAGAGCAGAUCUGUUAUGAUAUUCACAGUCUUCACAGUCAUCUUUCUGCCAUUGAGUUUCUUCACAGGCCUUUUUGGUAUGAACGUCCGGGAAUGGGGUGGUGGUGAUAACCUUCCUCUUCGCACUGUAGGCGUAAUCGCAAUCCCGACAUCCUCUGCCCUCAUAACGCUUGCACUCAUUAUUGCUUGGAGCAUCCGUAUUCGUCAUCUCUUCAAUUAUAUCGGGGAAAACUAUCACAUAUUUACACUGGUAUAUACGACCAUGUCAACAAAGCCAUCGACGGAAUUCUCGAGACCGAACAGGACUUUGGAAAAAUAA